AUGCUUCGCUGUACCAAUGGCGCUGCGCUUCGGACGAGUGUCCAGCACACUGUCGGAUUGAGAAGUCUGCUGGUCUCAAGAUCCACUCAAGUCUCUCAGAGCAUCCUAUACGGUGCUCCUCUUGCGCGCGCCGCACAGAGAGGUCGAGUUGUGGGUCAAUCUGUAGCCUGGGGGUCAAUUUCCGGCGUGCAGCGGUACUCGACAGAGGCUUCGAGGUGGGCCGAUGCGGACGAGCAAAGUGCCGCCGAUUCAACGGCGAAUUUUGAGGACGACGAACCACAACAGAAAAGGAAACCGGCCUGGGACAAGAGAAAACGCUUCCAGGACCAUGUGCUGUUGGAGAUUGCCAGCGGCGGGGCGCAUCCCGAUGGCGGUCCCUUAGCGGACGUAGUCAGGAGGAAGGUGGUAAAGAAGGAGUUGCAGUGGUUGCAGGAUCCCAAGGCGCUGGCGGACCGGGUCGCUAAAAUCUUGCAAGCCGACGAUUUUGCUCUCGCGGUGGCGAUUGUUCGCGGGGCGCAGAAGGAGAAUAUGGAGUGCUCAGUGGGGUGGAAUCACCUACUGGAGUACUGUAUGAACAAGAAGCAACCUAAAGCGGCAUGGAAGCUCUACAAUGAAAUGAAGAAGCGUGGACGAAAGCCUACUUCCUGGACUUAUACGAUUAUGUUAUCUAUCUAUGAGCUUAACUCUGCAGUUAAGCCUUCUAUCAUUCACAGCAACGCCAUGCUCACCGUAUGUGUUCGCCAUGGGUAUACAGAUACACUAUGGGAGAUUGCGAGUGAGCUACCCGAGGAGGGGCCAUGCUCGCCCGAUGCUGUGACAUACACCCUUAUAUUGAGAGCAAUCAGAGACGCCGUCAGUACUGACGUGAGCAAGAUGUCUGAGAUUGAUCGCAUCUUGGAGCGAAAGGCUCAGAGCGUCAAGGAAGGCAAACGAAUCUGGUCUGAUGUUGUCUACCGGUGGAGCAGAGGUCAACUCGACAUAGACAUCCAACUCGUGCGUACAAUGGCCCGCCUCUUGCUUGAAGGCGGCAGCGAGCGCGAUUGUUACGAUGUCUUCGCACUCUUGAAUCAAACUACUGGGCUUCCCAUCCUGGCAAAGAAGCCUUCACCUGAGCGCCAGCGGGAGUCUGAGGUGGCCAGACGCCGAGAGAGCCGAUCCGCAGAAAAUAAGGAGAUGGAAGACGUUCCCUUUGUAGACGAAGGCAACCGACCAUACAAACCAGCAGAGACCGAAAUGGGAGAACGCGAAGAAAAGGCAGAGCAAAAAGAAGAAGAAGAAGAGGAAGACGAUGAGGAAUUUGAAAAUCUUUUUGACCCAGUGGUGUCUACUGGUUCUUCUUCCAAAAUGAAGAAAGGCACCAUUGGUCCAUCCUACGUUGUUCCAGGUGACAAGGAGCUCACCAUACUUAUUGAAACUUGCUAUACCAUGACUCAGGGUGUUGGUACUGGAAAAGCUUACUGGAAGCAUUUAACGCUCGAGGAUCACGAGUAUACCAUCAAACCAGACAUGCCUUCGUUGCAUGCAUAUUUGCGACUACUAAGAGUGUAUCGCGCUAGUCGUGCUACGGUCGAUGUUGUGCGCGACCAGGUGCCCGAACCAGGUUGGAAAACGUUCCACAUCGCGAUGAGCUGUUGUCUUCGCGAUCGCAGGAAUAUCAACAUUCUAAAAAAUGCCAACGAACUAUUGGGAAUCAUGGACAAGUCCAUGGUCAUUCCCCACCCCCGGGCGCUUGAAAAGUAUCUUAACCUCGUGCAAACACUACAGGACAAUCCACAGCGCCUCAUAUCAUUGAAUGGCCUGAAGAUUGCGCGGAAACCCUCUGACAGCCUCGACAUCGUGGGCCGGAAAUUACGGCUGAGCUUGCAGACAGUUGCUUUGGAGAACCUUCGUCCUCACAUUGACAAGCUUCAUGAGGCUAUGAAGAAUGGAAAGACUUCAUUUAUUUCACAGGCUGAGCGGACGCGGGCGGGCGCGGGCGAUACAGUUUCUGGUGCGACCGCUCGCACGGUGAUGGAUCGCACCCGAGGUCUGAUUGACGAGAUCCUCAAGCCCGAGAAUGCGCCCUUCCUUUCCAAAUCGGACCGUGAGCAAUUCGAGCAAGAGUCGCAGAAACUCCGCGAAUACUCGGAUGCCGAGAUGGUCCGAAAGUUCGAAUACGCCCGAUUGCAUCCAACCCUCGAACAGGUCAUGGCAUUCCAGGAGAAGCAUGACCCUAAACAGAACGCUGACGAGGCCCAGGCCCCUGACGAGGCCGACUAA